GUGCUCUGUUUUCAGCUCGUAAACAGCUCCGAUGAGGGGGAUUUUCAGUAGUUUUACAAAAUGACGGUCGUAAGAGCUUAUGUGAUCGGUAAUGAUCCGCCAUGUGUGCGUUUGUUGUGGGGUGUGCGCCAUGGUGACUCCCCGGAGCGUCUCUGAGUUGUGCGGUUCUCAAGGCAACCGACAAGUGUGAGGUCCCCGGACAACAAAUCUGCAAAGAAACCUCUAAGAAUAAUAGAUAAGAGAUCUUACGGCUGCUGAUAAACCCCGGGCCGUGACACUCUGGACCUUCAGCUGAACAGCUCUGCUCCAGUCUAUCUAUGAUCCCAGAGAGAGGAGAGAUGCAGCUCGGCCCCUCCCCUGUCCCGAGCUGACCACAGCAGCAGAAGCAUGCACAGACACAGGAGGCCCGGGCACAUGACCUGGACCCCUGCCCCGGCGAACCUGUCCCUCAGCAGCUCUGAGGAGGACCAGGGAGAUGUCUGCUCUGAGCUGGACCACAGAGUGGGUGAGAGUCUGGAUCGGGUCCUGGAUCAGAUAGGGCUCCGGGAGGAUGAGAUGGGACUGGGGCUGUGCUGUGAAGAUGCUGCAGCUGGAAAUGAUACACAAGGCUUCGGUCCACUGGCUGCAGAGGACGACACUGAAGAGUUGGAUCACGGUUCAAGCCCGCUGAUGGUGACCACUGACCUGGAUGUUUCAGAUGAGGAGGGCUACGAACCUGAGGACUGCUGCCACACCCCUACCAAAUGUCUGAAUGACGAUGAAACCCCCCAAGGGACCCCCCAAGUCCCCACAGAAACACCCCCUAACCAGCCCUUCGCCCACUCCAGAGCACCCAGCCUGCCCCUCCUCAUCACCCCAGAAGAACUAGCCUCCAGCCCAGGCAUUCUCGAAGAAAUCUUCCCCGAAAUCCACUGGCCACAAAGUUCCACUCCAGAGACCAGUCCAGAGACCAGCCCUCGACCCCAAGAGCCAAAUCACGAAUCCUAUAAUCCAGGGACUGAAACAAGGGCUUUAACAGAGCACGACGCUGUCAGGAAGAUCCCGGUGGAGGUGUGCGUGACCAGGGAGAAGAGGAGCGCCACCCAGGGGACGCGGUUGAGCACUACAAAUCUACCUCCAAACUCCAGCUGUCAGACCAAACCAAGUCCAGAGAGAGAGGGGAGGGCGCGCACGAGACAGAAGAAGGUUGCUCUGUUCAGCUCGGGGUUUCCGAUAGUGCGUAGGCCGGACUUGUCUAAAGUGGAGCCCAGGAUUCACUUCCCCAAAGAUGGCUACACCCCUCCACAGAGCCAGCACAUGCUGAGGAGUGACUCUGCGUCCCCAGACCGCCCCCUGGUGUACAUGUCCCCGGCAGACAUUGUGACUGAAGUCCUUUUCAGUUCUGCAGAUGGAGGAGAGCAGGAGGAGGAGGAGCACAUUCUGGAGGCGCUCUCCAUCCUCCCCCCAGACUUCAGGUCCAAGCAGCACGCCAUAGUUCUGGUCCAUGAGCUGCAGGAGGAAAACAAUCGUCUGAGGCUGAAGUGUGCUGAGGCAGCGAACACGAUUGACCGUCUGCGUCUGGAGGGAAAGGUGAACUUAUAUCCAGGUCCUCCUAAACCCGGACUGCAUCUGCACUCAGGCCUCAGGACACACGCCUCCCGACCUUUGACCCUACACAUCCCCUGUCCCCAGAGGGCAGAGGUCAGCCCCUCCUGCCCCUCCUCCUCCACCCCGCACACCGGAGCACAGCCACAGCACGGGAGUCCUCCAUCUUCCACAUAUUCCUCAAUGGGAAGUGCCUCAGACAUGUUAGGCACAUUGUAUCAGCAGGCGCAGGGCUUUCUCCAACAUGUGGAGGCCUUUGAGGAGAGUCUACAGAGGAGCGAGGGACAAACGGAGCAGCAGAUGGAGGUUGUCCAUGAGCUCCUUCAAAAGUUGGAAAACAUGGAGAAAAACUACAUGUCAGCUAAUAAAGAGCACAAGAGACUUGAGAGGCAGGGUGUGCAGACAGACAGCUUUGACCCUCAGCGAGAGCUGGACAGUCUGAUCUUCCAGUGUGGUGUACAAAUGGACAAGCUGAAGGAGCAGGUUCAACAGAAGCAAUCACACAGCCUGGCUCCGCCCAUCCACCAAACCACACCCCCUCCACCUGUUCAGACCCCGCCCCCUCCCAUCCACACUGCAACGGAACUCCCGCUCUACAGUAACUCUCCACCCUCCAUAAGCUCCUCUGAGAGGAACUGCUCAAGUGUGGCAGACAGACUGUUCCAGCAGGCUCUGGCCUUACUGCCCAAGGUGGUGGCCUUUGAGGAAACGAUACGAGACGGAAAACACCAAACACAGCACCAGAUAAAGGAGCUCCUUCAGAGGAUGGCCUCUUUAGAGAGGAGGUACCAGUCUGCAGAGACAGAACACGAGCGAGGGCAGAGGCAGGGUGAGGAGACGGGCCGCUUUGACCCUCAGAGGGAGCUGUACAGUCUGAUCCAGCAAAUCGCUCUGCGGAUAAACCAGCUACACAAGCUCUUUGUCCAGAGCCUUGCCACGCCCACUCACCAAGCCACGCCCACUCACCAAGCCACGCCCACUCACCAAGCCACGCCAACUCACCAAGCCACGCCCCUAAUAUCUCUGCAAACACAGUGUCAGUAUUUUUCCCAGUCUGGAGUGGAACAGACACAGUGUCCACCAUCACCCACAGUCAUAAAGAGCCCCAAGCCCCAAACUUCAGACUACACCCAACUGUUUCACAGCAUCAGAGUCCUCCCUGUGCCUUUAGUGAGGGACCUGACCUGUCAUGGCCGCUCUGUCACACACUGUGAGUGUGAGGAGGCCCGGACACUGUCUAGAGCCAACACCCAGAGUCCUUACAGAGAUCUGCACAGGGAAGCAGAUUACAAUACUCAGCCAAGUCGUCCUCCAGCAAGAUCUAAGCUCCCCCAGGAUCAUCCCCCACCCUCUCCCAGUACCAGCAUGCCUCAUGUGGGACAUGAGGCAUUUGCAGAGGCCUUUGGCCCACACACCCAGAGCCAUCCUCCCAGCAGAGGGGGCUCUGAGCUGGGACAGUCCCCCAGGAGAGGGAGAAUUGAGGUGGAACAGUCCUUCAGCAGAGGGGGCUCUGAGGUGGGACAGUUCCCCAGGAGAGGGGGCUCUGAGGUGGGACAGUCCCCCAGCAGCAGCCUGAGUAGCCUGAGGGAGGCUCCGGACAGGACGGAUCACAAAGUGCCCAGUGAGAGGGAUGGACUGAUCUCUCCGGGCACAGACAGUGGCUUUGUGGGCUCAGAGGGAAGCCGCCUGACCCCUGCUGCAGCGACCAGUCCUGUCUACCAGAGGGAGCCACAGGGUGUUCUAGGCAUGCCCCAGCUACAUCCCUCCCCUGGACCCUCCGUGAGCAGACAGACCAAAGAGGGGCUGGUGGAGAGAGCUAAGCCCAGCCGGAGGAGCCACAGAGGGGGGAAGAGACGUGCCUCUUCAGCCUCCUGCCACCAGCUUCCCAGAGACAGCCACACACUCAGGGCAGUGAACAGAGAGAGCAGCCUGUCCACACUCUCCAGCAACCACAGCUGCAGUGUGUCUGAAGAGGACCACAGUGACCUCUCCUCUGGCUCCUCCCUCUCCCCGUGUGGCCCCUCCCACAGUUGCCACGGUGACCCUCUGAAAGCCCCAAACACUGGUCGAGGGGCAAGGCACGGAGAGGCGUUCCACGAGCUGCAGGCUGAGGUUGGGCGUCUGAGGGACCACGUGGAGCUGUUCAUGAGGGACAGAGCAGACAGAAGCCCCCCCUGUACCUCCACUCCUGUCCGCAGGUCUGAUCGACAAAAGACCGCUCACAGGGACAGGAGAGACAGAAAGAUGACAUCUGUAGAAGAGGACAGGGCAUCUGUAAAGAGGCAGACUGACCACACGAGGGCAGUGCUCAGCAAACUUUCCCAGACGGACAGCUGUUUUCAAGUGUCCAGACUGACCCAGACCUCUGCUGAGCCCUGCGCACACCCACAGACUCUACACACACCAUACCUCAGACAAAGCUCAGGGAAACCAGAGGGAGCAGACAGAGACAGCAGAGCUCCUGUAAGUGCUGAGUGUCUGUGGAGAGGCAGGUGUACUGAUGGAGUUCUUAAAGACGACACAUCCUCAGCUCACUGUCACCACAGCACACUGUGUGGAGCAGCACAGCCAGCUCUGGACUGCUGCAGUCCCAGAGACCCUCACACUGUCCCCUCCACAGACAGAGGGCCCCAUGUGUCUGUGUGUGCUCAUCCUCUGCUGCUGUACUCCCUUCCUCCUCUUCCUCCUCCACCCGUCCUGCUCCCCUCUCAGAGCGAGGACCGUCCCAGGCUCCAGAGGUCCAGAGAGGGGAGGGCGAGCCGCCGCGUGCCCGCAGACGGACUCUCUUCUCUGGACGAGCCCCUGAGCAGAGCCCUGAGAGCUGCCCGGAGCAUGAAGAACACGUCCAGACACAUGGUCCACACACUGGCAUCAGGCCUGCAGUACCAGCACACACUCGCCCACACACGCUGACACCCGGGAUGUGGAGAAUGAAUAAAACAGGUGUAAAAUUAUUAUAUUUAGUGGGACUUUUGGUUCCAACUUUACUAUUGCAAAGUUGAAGCGCAUAUGACAGGUUAAUCUGGCCUGAUCUUUUCUUGUUUUGUAUUUUUGGUGAAGUUUAUGACAUUACUUCCUGGUUGGACAUGGGCAGCAGAUAUGACGUGUAGAGGUAAUUCCAUAACUGUUACCAAGCAACCAUAAUGAAAACAAAGGGCCAAAACAUCUAAAUUACAUACCGUAUUUUCCACACUAUAAGGCGCUCUGGAUUAUAAGGUGCACUGUUAUUCAAUGGUCUAUUUUCGAACUUUAUUCACAUAUAAACUGCACCGGACUAUAAGGUGCAUUAAACAAAACACAACAGUUAGAUAAGUCAGUUAAACUUUAUUUAACGCGUUCACAAUAACUCUCAACUUUGUUCAGUUGUAAAGCAUAAAAAAAAUACUGUGUGAGAUGACUCACAGGACUGACUACGGGAGCCGUAAUGCUGCAAGUGGUGCGGCUUUGUAGUUUACUAAAGUCGUACUAAGACACCCCAGGAAAUUCAUAUAUAAGGUGCUCUGGAUUAUAAAGGCGCGCAGUCAUUUUUUGAUUGAAUUAAAGGCUUUUAAGUGCGCCCUAUAGUGCGGAAAAUACGGUAAUAGUUCUGAUUAGGCAAUUUAAAGUAAAAUAUAACCCUUAUUUGUUAAAUGAAAGAUUAAAAUGUCAGAAAAAUGCUU